AUGGGGGAGCGCCCCGAGGUCAAGGGUCAGCGCCUGGGAGGGGACCAGGCUCAGAAACGCGGCCGGCAGAAACGCUUCCGGUCGGUGCUUCAAGGAAAUGGAGCCGACUGGCAACCCAGCGUGAACGCUCCUGGCCGCGCCGAGCCGCGGACGGUGCUGUGCUGCCGAGAGCUCGCGCGUGGCGGUGCCGCCGCCAGUUUUCUGGAUCCUCUAGAAGAAUAUCUAUUUCAGUUACUAGAAAACAACAGAGAGACGUACACCCCUCCCACACUUGAUGAAAUCGAGGAGUAUUUGCAGGACCUCUGUGAGCCACAUAAGGAAGAGGCAGAAACACCGGCAGUGCCUCUGCCUGCCUGUGAUGAGGGAAGUCGGCAUGAAUCAGCCCAGAGCCUGGCCAUGCCGACCUUGACCCCCACAGUGACUUCUGAGUGUCCGAACAUCCCCGGGACCAUCUUCAUCCAGAACUCCACACCACCCUCUGUUACGGACCUUGAUAGUCCUCUUGAGGACCAAAGUAAGACUUUUUUCACAGACCAGAAAGUAACCUUUGAUCAGACCAAACCCACAGCAGACUCCCAGAUGACAGGUGUCACUGACAUUCCAAAGAUGUCACCGACUGAUUGGCAGAAGUCAGCUGGCACUGCCGGCAAGAUGACAGUGUCCAGUGAAGAUGGCCAGUUGAAGACCCUCGGCAUGAUCCAGAUGACAUGUGAUGAUCAGAUCAAUACCCCCAGUGAGAACCAGACUCUCCAUGGAGCUCAGAUGACAACUCUUACAGAGCAGCACGUGAGGACUCCCAGUGGUGACCAGAUCCUCGAUGGGGCCCAGAUGAGCAACACCACUGGUGGGCAGAGUUUCUAUAGGGGUCAGAUAAGCAACCCUAGUGGUGACCAGACCUUCUAUGGGGCUCAGAUGAGCUCCUCUACUGGUGAACAGAUCUUCUACGGGGGCCAGAUGAAUGCCCCAAGUGGUGACCGUCAGACCCUCUACGGGGGCCAGAUGAACACCCCAGCUAGUGACCAGACCCUGUCUGUGGGCCAGAUGAACUCGCCAACUGGUGACCAGACCUUCUAUGGGGCUCAGAUGAGCUCCUCUACUGGUGAACAGAUCUUCUACGGGGGCCAGAUGAAUGCCCCAAGUGGUGACCGUCAGACCCUCUACGGGGGCCAGAUGAAGACCCCAGCUAGUGACCAGACCCUGUAUGUGGGCCAGAUGAACUCGCCAACUGGUGACCAGACUCUCUAUGGAAGCCAGAUGAAGACCCCAGCUAGUGACCAGACCCUGUAUGUGGGCCAGAUGAACUCACCAACUGGUGACCAGACCUUCUAUGGGGCUCAGAUGAGCUCCUCUACUGGUGAACAGAUCUUCUAUGGGGGCCAGAUGAAUGCCCCAAGUGGUGACCGUCAGACCCUCUACAGGGGCCAGAUGAAGACCCCAGCUAGUGACCAGACCCUGUAUGUGGGCCAGAUGAACUCGCCAACUGGUGACCAGACUCUCUAUGGAAGCCAGAUGAAGACCCCAGCUAGUGACCAGACCCUGUAUGUGGGCCAGAUGAACUCGCCAACUGGUGACCAGACUCUCUAUGGAAGCCAGAUGAAGACCCCAGCUAGUGACCAGACCCUGUAUGUGGGCCAGAUGAACUCGCCAACUGGUGACCAUAUCCUCUAUGUGGGCCAGGUGAAGACCUUCACUGGUAACUACUCCCUCCGUGGGAGCCAGAUGAUGCCCUUCACUGGUAACUACUCCCUCCGUGGGAGCCAGAUGAUGCCCUUCACUGGUAACUGCUCCCUCCGUGGGAGCCAGAUGAUGCCCUUCACUGGUAACUGCUCCCUCCGUGGGAGCCAGAUGAUGCCCUUCACUGGUAACUGCUCCCUCUAUGGGGGCCAGAUGAUGACCAAUAGUAGCCAAGUCUAUGGGACUCAAAUGAUGGCCCAUCAGUCCUUCUCAUUGCCACACCCAGGAUUUGUACAUGCUUCAAGAUUCCCUUUGAUCCAAGGACAACCUCCAGGGUACUUUUCAAGUUCUUAUUUGGUUCAAGGACAACUCUUAGAAAAGCAGAAUUGGAACCUACAGACCCAGCACUCUCAGCCUCAGAAGAAUCCUGAGCUUUUGAAGCCCUACGUCUGUACAUAUCCUGACUGUGGGAAAUCUUACUCAAAGUCUUCCCACCUCCAAAUCCAUAAGCGUAAACACACAGGAGAGAAGCCCUAUGCAUGCAAUGAGGGAGGAUGCCCAUGGAGAUUCUCCCGCAUGGACGAGCUCAGCAGACACAAGAGGAAGCACUCUGGGGAGCGGCCCUACAUGUGUACCAAGUGCAACAAGAGUUUUGCGCGAUCUGAUCACCUACAACAACAUCAAAAAGUCCAUAGAUGA